AUGAAUUCGAAUCGUUCGAGAUGUGAUUCAUUUAACGUUCUCACGCCCAUAUCGUGUACCCAUUACUCAUCGAUUACAACCAGUAUAUUUUUAGGGAUAAUGAAAUUUAUUUGGGUCAGGGUUGAAGGACAUUUUUUUAUACAUAUUUAUCUCGUUCGUAACACAUGUCAACCGACUGUGUUUCCCGCGGAUCCUUUCAAUGCACAAGAUGACGCGACCAUACUUAAACAAGCAAUGAAAGGUUUCGGAGCGGAUCAGAAAACGAUUGUCGAAAUUUUGGGUAACAGAGGAAUCGUACAACGUCUCGAAAUUGCGGAAACGUACAAGACAUUGUACGGUAAAGAUUUGGUGAAAGAUUUGAAAAGCGAAUUGAGUGGAAAGUUGGAGGACGCCAUUGUUGCUCUCAUGACUCCUCUGCCUCAGUUUUAUGCCAAAGAACUUCACGAUGCCGUGAGCGGAUUGGGAACGGAUGAGGAAGCCAUUAUUGAAAUCCUUUGCACUCUCAGUAAUUACGGAAUUAAAACCAUAGCUACUUUUUAUGAGAACACCUACGGUAGAUCGUUGGAAAAAGACCUGAAAGAUGACACGUCCGGACAUUUUAAAAGAUUAUGCGUUUCUUUGGUCCAGGGAAACAGAGAUGAAAACACGGAAGUUGACAAGGAGGCGGCUUUGAGCGAUGCACAAGCUUUGGUGUCUGCUGGAGAAGGACAAUGGGGAACGGAUGAAUCCGUUUUCAAUUCCAUUCUCGUUUCGAGGAGUUACCAACAGUUGAGACAAAUAUUUUUGGAAUAUGAAGAAUUGACGGGUCACGACAUUGAGAAAGCAAUAAAAAAAGAAUUUUCCGGAAGCGUUGAAAAGGGAAUGCUUGCAAUCGCAAAAUGCGUGAAAAGUAAAAUUGGAUUUUUCGCCGAAAGGUUAUACUACAGCAUGAAAGGACUCGGUACGAAUGAUAAAACAUUGAUAAGAAUCAUCGUAUCACGUUCGGAAAUAGAUUUGGGUGACAUAAAAAAAGCAUUCGAAGAAACCUACGGUAAAUCCUUGGAAAGGCGACACGUCGGGCGACUACAAGAAACUUCUACUCACAUUGGUGGCUUGAAAUUGUUGCAGGGCGAAACAAGCGGAGAAUUGAAAAGGCUUCUCGUGUCAUUGGUCGGAUAA